AUGGCAAGUUUAACAGUGUUGUUGCGUCAUUCUGGCAAGUGGAACGAUGAGGGCAAUUACAUCGAUUUUUCAAUUGAGGGAAUACUGAUAAAGGAGUAUGCCUCCUUUAAUGAUCUGGUUGCUUCAAUUUCUAAUCAACUGGGUAUAUAUUUGAGCUCAAAGUCCAUUAAAAUUCAAUACAAAGUAGAAGGAAAUUGCACGCCAAUGGAAAUAUACAAUGAUAUGGGUAACAGAGUGCAUGUAGAAUUGAAAAAAGAGAAUAGAGAAUUUGGGAUGUAUCCUUUGUGCAUAACAACUAUUGAAAAAGAACUUGUAUCCGGAGGUAGUUUAAAUCAAGGCGACAUUGUGCAAAUAGACGAAGCAGUUCAAAGGUACGAUUCCGAUACAAAUGAUACACUGGCUAUAGAUUUUGUCAAUUCAGGAGAAGCGAUUGGAGUGUUCGAACUCCACAAGGAUUUGAUAAUUCCAAAAACUAAUCAAAGGGAGGUUAUGGCUGAACAAGUGUAUAAGGAUAAGGCUACAUUGAAAGAGGUGAUGGAGAAUUAUGCUAUAGCUCAAAGGUUUCAAUUCCGGGUUGAUAGGUCUAAUGCUGUCAGCUAUGCAUUAUUAUGUAUUUCAGAAGAUUGUGAAUGGAGGUUUAAGGCUUCAAGCAUUAACAAAUCAGAACUAUUCAAAGUGAGAGAAUUCAUUGAUAACCAUACAUGUUCGCUGAAGGACAAGGUGUAUGAGCAGCGGCAGGCAAGUAGCAGCCUUAUAGGUGGUAUUAUAAGGUCUAAGCUUACUAAUCAUAAGAGAAAAUACACCCUAAAGGAUAUUAUUGAUGAUGUAAAAUCAGAUUUAGGUGUAGAUGUUAGCUACAUGUUGGCGUGGAGGGCUAAAGAAAAGGGGUUUGAUCAUUGUAGACCCAUUGUUGUUGUGGAUGGAAGUCACCUAAAAUCUUACUACACCAGGACAUUCAUUUCGGCAAGCACGUUGGAUGGUGCAUGUCAUAUAUUGCCACUAGCAUAUGGUGUUAUUGAUUCAGAGAACGAUGCUGCUUGGACGUGGUUCUUUAAGCAAUUCAAGAUAGCAUACGGUGACAGGGAAAACAUGUGCAUCGUUUCAGAUAGAAAUGAGAGUAUCAUUAAAUCUGUAUCGAGAGUGUAUCUAGAUGUACCGUAUUUUGCUUGUAUGUGGCAUCUAUGGAACAACGUAUAUAAGAAAUUCAAAAAGAGCCAUGCCAAGUUGAGCGAGAUAUACUCCUCGAUGGCAAAAGCAUACACACAAGCUGAAUUUGACAGUCUGAUGGAGAAGGUGGAGAAGGUAGAUAUUAGGGUGAAAGAAUACUUAGAGUUAGCUGGUUACGAAAAGUGGGCUAGGUUGUAUGCACCUGUUAACAGGGGAUGA